CCAGCUGUUUAUAAGGUGGGUUUGCAGUAUCUAACUGGAGAUAUGUCUGGUGCCAAUGCUCGGUGUAUUGCAAUGCUUCAAGCAUUUCAGGAGGCCAUCAAAGACUACAAGGUUCCACAGGAGAAGACUCUUGUGAGGGACUUAACAGCAAAAAUUAGUAGUUAUGUAUCAUUUCUUAUUGAGUGUCGACCUCUGUCAAUCAGCAUGGGAAAUGCUAUUAGGUUUCUCAAAAGUCGGAUAGCCAAGUUACCUUUGACCUUGUCUGAAUCAGAAGCAAAAGCUUCUCUCCAUUCAGAUAUUGAGCGUUUUAUUAGUGAGAAGAUUAUACUCGCCAACAAAGUGAUAGUGAAGCAUGCUGUCACCAAAAUAAGAGAUGGUGAUGUUCUUCUAACGUAUGGGUCCUCGACAGCUGUUGAAAUGAUACUAUUACAUGCACAUGAGUUAGGAAGACAGUUUCGCGUUGUGGUAGUUGACUCUUGUCCAAAGCUUAGAGGGCAACUUUUGCUUCGCAGGCUGGUGGAGAAAGGUCUUAGCUGUACAUACACUCAUAUAAAUGCUGUUUCCUACAUAAUGAAGGAAGUUACUCGAGUAUUUCUGGGUGCUUCAUCAGUUUUAUCUAAUGGAACAGUAUAUUCAAGAGUAGGGACUGCAUGUGUUGCAAUGGUUGCUCAUGCAUUCCGUGUACCUGUCAUAGUAUGUUGUGAGGCAUAUAAAUUUCAUGAACGGGUACAGUUGGACUCAAUAUGCUCUAAUGAUCUUGGUGAUCCAGAUGCAAUUUCAAAUGUAUUGGGUAGAGAGGAUGUCAACCACUUGGAUGGCUGGGCCAAUAUUGAAAAUCUGCAACUCUUAAAUCUGAUUUAUGAUGCAACACCUUCAGAUUAUGUUUCAAUGAUUGUCACAGAUUAUGGCAUGGUUCCCCCUACAAGUGUGCCUGUAAUUGUAAGAGAAUACGGGAGAGAACAGGUCUGGAUAUAAACUACGCAAAUUUUGUACCAUCACCAUUUUGUGGGCGUGCAAGAUCCCUAUGUAGAAGCCUAAUAUGUUGGCAUGCAUGUUUUUGUAUUAUUUUCUCACCUAGGAAUAAUGUUAAUGAGCCUUCCUGUUCCGAAAUUUUGGACAUUUCUGUUGUAUUCGCCUAUCCUAGAGAAGAGUGCAAAUUUUCGCCUCUCCAGGAAGAUUUAACCUUGCAUUCUCAUCAUCUGUAACAGUUCAUUUUCGAUUAUUUUUCAAAUUUUGGAUAAUUAUUCUGUCACAAUUUUGGUUUAGCAAGUUGUAGUUGUGCUUAGCCCCUUCUUUAGUUGAUGUACUGUAAUUAUGAAAACCAUCACCACGGAUUGAAGUUAUCAUU